AUGCAUCACGCAGCUAUGCUCCUGGCCGCCUUUGCGGCCACCUCUUCCGCUUACCCCGGCUGGUCUGCCCCGGGCUUCAUGGAUGAGCUCUAUGCUAGAGCUGGUUCCAUCAGCGACCAACCCUUGGGCGAUCUUGCGACCCUCCCCGACUCAUCUCUUAGCCAGACGGGCAAGGAUAUCAAGAAUAUCCUCACUACCUCCGCCUCUGGACAGUCGACCGAUCAGUACCAGGGCGCCGUUCCUGCGCUCGGCAGCAAGGAAUGUGCCGCCGACAAGUGCUGCGUCUGGAAGCACAUUGGAGACGAGCUCGCCACCAAGUUCGCAGACGGAAGUGGAUGUACCCAACCCGCCCGCGCCGCCGUUCGCCUCGGCUUCCACGAUGCCUCCGGCUGGAGUAUUGUCACCGGUCCUGGCGGUGGUGCUGACGGCUCCAUUGUUCUCGCCCCUGCUGAGAUCAAGCGCGCCCUCAACGACGGUCUCCAGGAUGCGGUCACCCAGACCCAGACUUGGUUCAACAAGUACAAGCAGUACGGUAUUGGCAUGGCGGACCUGAUCCAGUUCGCCGCCAACAGCGGCACCGUCAUGUGCCCCAAGGGGCCCAGGGUCAAGACCCUGAUCGGCCGCAAGGAUUCUUCCACGGCUUGCCCCGACGGUCUGCUGCCGGACGUCAACGACCCGGUCGACAAGCUCAUUGCAAUCUUCGCAAACAAGACCAUCUCUCCGCCCGGUCUUGCAGCCCUCGUCGGCGCCCACACCGCUUCCACCCAGAAGACCGUUGACCCGGCCCGCGCGGGUGCUCCUCAGGAUACCACCCCUGCCGUCUGGGAUACCCUCUUCUACUCGCAGACUUUGGCCGGUGCCCCCUCCAACGUCUUCACCUUCAACAGCGACAAGGUCCUCUCCCAGGACUCUCGCAGUGGACCGGCUUUCAAGGCUUUCGCUGACAGCCAGCCUGCCUGGAACGUGGCGUUUUCAAGAGAGUACUUGCGUCUUAGUCUCCUCGGUGUUGACAACAUCAACGAACUUACCGACUGCACCAAGUCUCUUCCUGUCCCCAAGUAA